AUGGCAACCACCAAAACAAAAAUCGCUGACGAUGCCGGCUCAAAUAAUUGGUUAAAGGAAAGAGCUGCCAUAUGUAAACGUCAAAAAACUGACCCUGCGGUUGCCCGUCUCAUUGAAAAGGCCGAUCAAUUACACAAGGAACGUACACAGAAACAUUUACAAGAGGAAACCAUUGAUGAUGAGGCCAACGAUGAAGUUCCUGAACCUAAUGCUGAAAUUAAAACCCCUCGUAAAAUGAAGAACUCGUUUCGUCGAAGCUUGUUACCUUCACCGCUUAAUUAUUCGAAGUCAGCUGAAGAAGACGAGGAAGAAGAUAUUGAUGCCAUUGUUAGCGUUCCUCCACCUGAGGAAAUAGUUGUAAAAGUCGCUCCAAAAUCUGUUGAAGAAACACCUGUAUCCAACCAUACUAAAGAAUCCACAGAAGAAAUAUUACGUUCAUUUGCUGAGUCAGUUCUUGAGCAGGGACUAACAACUGAUUCCUCAUUAGAACUAUCUUUCGAUUUAAAACCAGAGGAUAUUAAAGUGCAUGAGAGUGCUGAGUUAGUGUGUGCUGAGCAAGAAAGUGUUGAACAAGAAAAUAUGGAUCAAGAAAGUGUAGAGCAAGAAAGUACAGAUCAAGAAAAUGUUUACUAUAUCAAUCAAACCAAUUUUUCUAGCAAAGAUGUUUACUAUAUCAAUCAAACCAAUUUUUUCUAG